GUUUGGUUGGGCCUGUAUCCAUGAGUGUGCUCUUGCUGGAGGCGUUCUAUGGUGGCUCCCACAAACAGCUGGUUGAUCUUCUCAUGGAAAGUGUUGAAGACUGUGUAAGCUUCACUCUGCCUGCAAAGAAAUGGCACUGGAGGGCCAGAACUUCUGCUCUGUACUUAAUGCAAGCAGUUCCAGCAAGGUCCUCGUACAGGGUUUUGUUCACCAGCUCCCUACUCAAUCUUACUGAACUUGUAGCCCUGCGGCCUGAUCUCGCCCAUCUUAAGAAGGUCCUCUACUUCCAUGAGAACCAGCUGGUCUAUCCAGUUCGCAAGAGUCAAGAAAGAGAUUUCCAAUAUGGCUACAACCAGAUCCUCUCAUGUCUGGUUGCGGAUGUGGUGGUGUUCAACUCUGCAUUCAACAUGGAGUCUUUCCUCUCCUCCAUCUUUACCUUCAUGAAGACCAUGCCUGACCAUCGGCCCAAAGAUCUGGACCGACUCAUCCGGCCCAAGUGCCAUGUCCUUCACUUCCCGAUUUGCUUUCCCGAUGUCACAAGGUCUGUUCUUAUAUACGUCACCCACAGUCUUCUAGGGAUCACUCCUCCACUGAUUAAAAAAUGUGCUAGCGAGUUCACUCUUAAUCCGCCCCCAAAAGCUGAUCGCGUAUGCAAGCGUGAGGCUCUCUUCAGGUCUCCUGUGCCCAUCAUACAGGACCUCUGUCAAGCCACCCUACAGGGCACCCACACUGAUGAGACUAAUGCUUGCGACGGUGCUUUCAAAAUGACACACUUGGCUGCUUGUCCAGAGCUCACAUUAGACUUGGAGCCACCUGAGAAGAUUCUUAAUGUUACAGGACCGCAGCAGUCCCUGGAGUCUAUGAGUGUCACACCACGUAAGGAGACGUUGCAUCAGUCUGUGUCUGAUCCGUGUGGUGAUGAGAGAGGGAAUCUUCAGCCACUCCACAUAGUCUGGCCACAUCGCUGGGAACAUGACAAAGACCCACAGCUGUUCUUCCAGACCUUACUGAAACUCAAAGAACAACAGCUGAGCUUUGAAGUUUCUGUCCUGGGAGAGACCUUCGCUGACAUUCCAGACAUAUUUUCAGAAGCCAAAGAACAGUUGGUUGACCACAUCCAGCACUGGGGUUUCAUGCCCAGUAAGGAAGAUUACCUCAAAGCUCUGUGCCAAGCAGAUGUCGUUGUUUCCACGGCCAAGCACGAGUUUUUCGGAGUAGCAAUGUUAGAAGCGGUCCAUUGUGGUUGUUACCCUCUGUAUCCAAAGGCUUUGGUCUAUCCUGAAAUAUUCCCUGCAACAUAUCUGUAUUCAACACCUGAACAGCUGUGUAAAAGACUACAAGACUUCUGCAAGCGUCCGCAAUUAGUCAGACACCAUGUUACUCAGGUGAACCUCCAUGCUUUCUCCUGGGACGCUCUGGGGGACAGUUUCAGAUCUCUCCUGGGAGCCGACAGUGACAGGAUGUUAACAGAGGAGCACAUUUCAUGAAGUGAUCCCCAAGAAAUACAUUACGACUUAAACUCCAGCCUCAUUGUGAAAGAGCGUUUACAGUAUGACCCGGAAAAUCCUCUGUACCUCUCUGCUAUUAUUUAAGAAAAACAUGUAUAUGUGAUUCUAAUGUUCUCAUGCCGGAAAAAAACAGCUUUAUAUUUGUGGUUAAUGGAAAAAAAAGAACAAUCGAAAAACCUGAAACCGCUUUCGUGUUGCGCCUAGGCGGGCCCACCUCAUAUUUCGGUUCAUAUCCAUUUUUAUCCUUUGUGCCGGAGGACUCCAGCCUGGAAUUCUGGAGUCUUCGGUUCCCACUCCGACAGAGUGGCAGCCAAGUUGCGGCUUGAAACGUUGUGGGCUCUCGCUUCACCUGAGGUUGCCAGGUUGUGACAAAGUCCCCCAAGGCUUAGUAAAGGUUGAUGCAAGGCUUCCCCAGGACUGUGGUUGAAUCUAAAUAUGGUUCUUUUAUUUUCCUUGCUUCGGAGGUCUGGCUGUACGUUGAAACCAGGAACCCGCUGCAUAAUUAAGGGGGCAUGGUAACUAGCUAUUUAUAUGUUUUUGCAAAAUGUAAAAUCUGGGCAAACUAACAAUGGCCUGUCAGAUUUUCCAUAAAGAUCUAAGUGUCUGCUUUCACAUUACAGCAAUGCCACAAUCACACGGCCCACUUCAGGCCUGCCAACAUAUGUGUUAUUAAAAGAGGUCUGACUUUUA